ACGUUGAUAUUUAUUUUACGUAUACGUAGAGCCGUAGAGCAAGUCAGAAACCGACGUGUUUUUCUCCAACUCUACUUCGAGUUUCAUGAACUCGAAGUCUGCUUAUAAAAAUUGACUGAAUAUUUCAUUUUAAAUUCAAAAACAAAUCAAAUACAAGAUGGGAGAGGCAUCAGGUUUAACAGACAGAAUGGCUCGAGAGCUUUGCAAGGAGCCGGAACCUGAAACGAAAGAUUACAUUAUGCAACAAACCAUGUUCAGAAUAAAAGACCCUCAAAAAUCACUACCAUUUUACACCCAAGUUCUGGGCUUCAGACUGUUACAGAAACUCGAUUUUCCAGAAAUGAAAUUUUCUCUCUAUUUUCUCGGAUAUGAAAAUGGAGAAGAUAUUCCCACCGACAAAAGGGAGUGUAUUGAGUGGACAUUCAGUAGAAAGGCUACAAUUGAAUUGACACAUAAUUGGGGUACUGAAUCGGAUCCUGAUUUUAAUUAUCAUAAUGGAAAUACAGAGCCCAGAGGAUUUGGACACAUUGGCAUAACGGUACCAGAUGUAGAAAAAGCAUGUGAGAGAUUUGAAAAGCUGAACGUAGAGUUUGUAAAAAAACCCAAUGAUGGCAAAAUGAAAGGAAUCGCUUUUAUUAAAGACCCUGAUGGUUAUUGGAUCGAAAUACUGAGUUCUUCCAAAAUGUCCAACAUUAUUGUGCCCAGCCAUUAGUUUUAUUAUUUUCAAAAAUCAGAUAUUAGAUUAGACAAAAAUUUUAAAUUUAUUCAGCUCUUUAUAAAUAUCAUUUUAAAAUAUUUCUAACUUUUAAUUAUGUUGUCAGUAUUUUCUUGUAUUUUAUCGAUUUGCUCAUCCUUAUUUUUUAAUAUCUUGAAAUUAUAUUUUUUGACGUUUUUAAACUUUUUACUUAUUCACUGAAAGAUUAAAAAGAAUGUUUGCAAUUUUAAAUGAUUAAUAUAAAAUAAUUUUUAAUUGUUUUUUAAGAAAGUACUUAUAUAAAUGCACACAGGAAUAAUAUUUGCUUAAAUUAAUACGAUAUAAUUAUUUAUAAUGUUAAACAAAUGUAAAAAAUUGUAACAAGAAAUUAUUUUGAAGAAAUGUAAAUAAAUAUAAUCUAUUUUUCUAGUUGAAAAAUGAA